AGGAAGGGCGGCGGGCCCGGCGCACUUGCAGCGCCGCAGAGCCAGUGCGGAGCCGGGCGGCGGCGCGGGAGCAAUGCUGUGCUAUCCCGGGCCACGCUGCCCGCCGGGCGUCCGUCUCCUCCUGCUGCUCCUCCUCUGCGCCAAUGCUCUGGCCUCCGUGGUGUCGGGGAGCCGCCGCGGGGGCAGCAACGAGAGACCCAUCGUUGGGAUAUUGGCACAGGAGUGUGACUUUACAAGUUUCAGUAGGUUUGGAAGUUCCUACAUUGCUGCUUCAUAUGUGAAGUUCCUAGAAUCUGCUGGUGCACGAGUUGUGCCAAUAAGACUGAAUCGUUCAGAAGAAGAGUAUGAUAAGAUUUUCCAGUCUAUUAAUGGGGUACUUUUCCCAGGAGGUGGUGUUGAUCUUAAGACUUCAGAAUAUUCCAGGAUUGCUAGGAUAUUUUACAACAAGGCACUAAAGGCUAAUGAUAAAGGAGACUAUUUUCCUGUAUGGGGAACAUGUCUGGGAUAUGAAGAGCUUACAUACCUCACCAGCGGGGAGAUUUUACUGACUUGGACUAAUACUGAGGAUUUUGCUCUCCCACUGAACUUUACUACAGCUGCACAAGACAGCAGGAUGUUCAAGAAUUUUCCAGACUUCUUGUUGAAAAAACUUGCCACUGAGUCUUUGACAGCACACUUUCAUCACUGGAGCCUCUCCAUGCAGAAUUUCACACAGAAUGAGAAGCUACGCAAUUUCUAUAAGGUUCUAACAACUAACACCCAUGCAGACGUGGAGUUUAUAUCGACAAUGGAAGCACAUAAAUACCCAAUUUAUGGUGUCCAGUGGCAUCCAGAGAAAAAUCCUUUUGAAUGGAAGAACUCAUCAGGCAUACCACAUUCUGCAUCAGCUAUGAAAGUUGCAUAUUACGUAGCUGACUUCUUAGUGAAUGAAGCCCGGAAGAGCCUGCACCAUUUUCCUAAUAAGGGUGAAGAGACCAAAACAUUGAUUUACAAUUAUACCCCUGUUUUUACUGGUACAUUUUCUCCAUUUGAGCAAGUCUAUUUUUUUGAUUGAACAUCUAUCCCAUAGUACAGGAUAGCUAUCUGUAAAUAACUUUAUUUGUUGCAAGUUUCAUAAUUAAACUCAUGUUGUGCAUUGCAAGUGGCAGAAAGCCAAAAUGCUUAGCUUACUUUACAGUGAUUUAUCCUAUGUUACCUCUGUAGAAUUGGCCCAUGAAUCUGACAGAUUUCAAUUCAAUUACAUUAUAGUGAUCCUGGAUCUCAUUUUAAUACCUGCUACAGAGAAAUACAUUUUACCUCCAGAGACCACAACUAGAUUGCACUUAUAAAUUUGAAGCAAAUCUAGUUUAUUUAAAAAAACUGAGCAAUGCUUUUGGCCAUAUAUUUGAAAGAAAUGAGUUUACUUCUACAAAACGUUGUGGGCUCUGUGAUAACAGCUGAGUAGAUAAAAGAUUUGAUUUAUCAUAAUUUUCUUCUCUUGGUCAGAGUACAAUACAAUUAAAAGAUGAAAUAAUCUUUUGAUCUUGAGCUUGACAGAUAUGUGCUUGUGUAACCAAACUCUUGGCAGAGAAAAUUGUUUGUCCUUUAGAAAGACGACAAAAUAACAGGGAAACAUUAUUGCAAACAGACAUAAAGAAGUGUAUGCAGUACCAUCUGUACCUUGUAGGAUUUACAUAGUGAAGGUGCAGUAUUAUUUAGGCAUUGCAUCAGUUAAAGUAAGUCUGUUUGGAGGGCACAGUUAAAACAUUGAUUCACCUCCUGCUCCCUUAUUCAGUUUAACUUAUUCCUUAAGAAUCUGUUCCAAAGCACACUGAAGUCAGUGGAAAGAUUUUGGAUAGGCCCUGAAUUAGUUUGCUUUUUGAAAGAAUAUGAUGGUUUUUUGAUGUUUUUAAUGAUGAUAUAAUGUAUAAUUUGACUUUUGGUGAAAUCCUGACCCUGUUGAAAUUAAGGGGUGUUUUGCCAUUGACUUUAGUUGGGACAGGAUUUCAUCCCUUUUUAAAAAACAUUUUGAUGUAAUGCUAAUGUGACUUAACAGGGAUACAAGCAGCGAAGACUUUUACUGUUGACACAAUGUAAUGAUUGUAAUUAUUAGGCAGCUGCAUUUACUGUGUUUUUUCCUUUUGCUUUGCCUUGCAACACAUUUACUUGAAGUAGCUCUUCUCAGUUACUGAAAAGUUUGUUCAGUAGUUUUGUGAUGUCAAAAUAGGACGAAGAUGAGGCAAUCCAUUUAAUUUCCCUUUUCUUCCACAGGCCCAAACCUAAUAGCGUUUUAACCUCAGGUCUCCAGAAUUGAAAGUUAGUAACACACAGCAGUUUCAGCACCACAUCUGCAUUACAGGUGCAGAAUUUAUCAGGGCAUUCGAGAGGGUAAAAGACUUCUUACUCGCUAUUCAUGGCCAGAUAAGGGCUAAGCUGUAGCAGGCCUAACAGAAAGAACUGGAAAUGCAUUCAUUAAUGUUCUAUAAAGCAAAAACUUUUAUCUGUAACUACUGUCAAGAAUCCAGCCCAGUACACUCAUAAGCAUGGUGUAUUUUGGUUAUAAAAUUCAGCAUUUGUAUUUCAUUAUUUCUAGGUACUAUUACAGUCAAACUGUGCAAAGCUUAAUUAGUCUAGGACAUUUUAGAUCACUUCUCAGGUUUCACUUCUGUAAGUGCUUGACUACCCCAAUUCAGCACAAUACAAUUUUGUGUUGUAUUAUGUCUCUACUAGUAGCUGAAAGCUCAUGCUGUCAUAAUUUAUAAAGGUGUAAUUUAUAAAGAUGUGGCUGAGAACUUAAAAAUUGGAUGGUAAUGGAGUACUAAUUCCAGUGAUGAUUCAACCUGUUGAUAUUCUAAACAAAAAGUGCUUUCAGCCCUGCUUGUAGCUGUUUCCAUCACUUCACAUUGACUCAACAGACAUUCUAGGCUUCAGAGUGACAUACAGACUGAGUGACAAUCCUGGACUCUUAUAUAGAAUACUAUGAGCCUGAUUCUUCUCUUAUCCCAGUUUUGCACUGGUAUAGUCUUGAUUUCAAUAGCGUGACUCCUGAGUCCUGGCUUACCAGUAUGAGAAAUGACAUUAGCAUAGCUGUGUUUUUAACAGAGUUACUCCUGAUUCUUGACUUACACCAGUCUGAGAAGACAGUCAGGCUCUCGAUCUACAUACAGGCAUAGCGGCUAAACUGCUUACACACUAAUGACCAAAUCCUGCAAUUCUUACUUAAGCAUCCCCAGGAGUUUUGCCAAGUAGGGCUUUUCUACACCUAAAACUUACAUUGACAUAGCUUCAUUGCUCAAGGCUGUGAAAAAUUUCAUGUGCCAUGUGAUCUAUUUAAGUUGACCUUACCUGCACUGUAGAAUUCUUCCAUGGACCUAGCUACCACCUCUUGAGGGGGUUGAUUUACUACAGUGACAGAAAAGCCCCUUCUGUUGCUCUAGUAAGUGUCUAGCCUACAGCGCUGUAGCUGUGCCACUGUAGCGUUUGUAGUGUAAACAUACCCUGAGAGUUUGUCUAUGUAAGAAAUGCAUGAUUUAGCCCUAAUAUAGUGGAGAACAAUCCUGCAAGUGGAAUUUCUGUUAACUUUACUGGUUGUGACCAGGGCCAAAGUGUGCAAAUGCAAAGGGUGGGGGGGGGGUAAUAUGAGUGAGAUCGGCGUAUUUAUUCAUAAGUUUGGAAGUUUAUUUCCUUGCUGUUUUGUUCUGCUUUAUAAAAGAGCACUUCAUUGAACUGAUUGUAUUAAAUGAUUUCUUUUAAUACUUGAAAUAAAGUUUACACAAGCA